CUCCAGCCGGGGAGUCGCACACUGCUGAAGCAGCUCGGACACAGCAGCGCCACUUGAGGACCACCAAAUACACACGUUGUUCGGCCGAGCCCCCGAGGAGAGCGGAACAUGUCCGGAACCAACAAGUACCAAGAGUGGAUCCUAGAAACGAUCGACUCCCUCCGCUCGCGGAAAGCGCGUCCGGAUCUGGAGAGGAUUUGUCGAAUGGUCCGGAGACGACACGGGUCAGACCCGGACCGAACCAGGGAAGAACUGGAAAAACUGAUCCAAGAGCAGACUGUGCUUAAAGUUAGCUACAAGGGCUCGAUCUCGUACCGGAACGCGGCCAAGGUGCAGAGGAAAAGCAGAAAGAAGAGCGAAGACCCUCUGAACAACAACAACGGCGACAGCGCGCUCAGCUUCACCGACCAGGAGGACGACGCGGAGCCCAGCCAGUCUCGGCAGCGUUCGGCGACCAGCAAGAAGCAGCGCGACUCUCCCUCCAGCCCGACGAGCGGAAACGGGAGCAUCGGCGGCCACGGGCCGGCGGCGGCCCGCUUCGACGGGCAACAGAAAGCAAGUGCAUCCACGGGAGCACAGGCAGUCCGUCCCGGCCACGGCGAUGCCUCCGGAGAUGACACGCACGACCAAACUUACGCAGCAGACGCCAGCACACGCGAGCCCAAACUUCCAGCCGAGCUGGCGGGGGGCACCGGAUCCAACUCGGACCUGGGCGACGGGCUGGCGGCUUCGGUCCGCAGCCUGUCCGAGAGGAGCCUCCGGGGGACCGCCGCCGCCAGCAAAGGCCCCGUGAAGCCGCUGGGGUUCAAGGAGAUUUUGGGCCAUCUGAGCAGCCGAGAGCGCCUCUCCGAGGAGAAGCUGACCAGGGGCAAAGUCAAAAUGGUCAUGGAGAGAGAGGGGGCCGGGGGCAGGCUGCGCAGGACCCGCUGCGGGAACAUUACUCUUCCUCUCGGGAGGGUGACGACGACCGUGCGGGCGCCCGCCGGGACUCUGGCAAAGAUAAAGGAGAGUGAGCCGAUGAAAGAAGCCAGUGAAGAAGAUGGUGUGCAGGAGGACAGUGAGGAAGAGGAGGAUCCCAGGAGUUCUAAUGAGGAAGGAGGACCAUCCCUAGUCUCCAUGACAACCACAGCAGCACUGGUUGGGAAAGCCAGUGAAGAUAGCGACAUCCAGAAAGCGUCGGAAGAUGAGGAGAGCCUCUGUCAUCAACCGCAUCGUGACAAAGUCAUGGAUCCACUUAGUAGGACUGGGUGUCCACCUCCUUUGGGUGCGCCCCCUUCUAUGUCCAUCACAGCAUAUGUGGAAAAAAGACCUGCCACACCUUAUCAGCCACCUAUGGACAUGCAGAGUCAGAUCCAGCACAACCAGUCAGGCUUUAACGGUGUUGAAUGUAAGGCAGAAGUAGGCGUGUCCUCAUGCCUGCUCACACCCACGGCCUCGCCAAGAGACACUGGCCUGUCUGAAGAACACGGGAUCAACGGUGGAGUCACUAAUGGGGGGUUUAUAAAGAUGGAAGGCGUCAGGAGGAGCCCUGUGGACUGGACCGUGUCUGACGUGGUCACUUAUUUUACCUUAGCUGGUUUCCCUGAGCAGGCCGCUGCCUUUGGCAUACAGGAAAUCGAUGGGAAGUCUCUUCUCCUCAUGCAGCGGAAUGACGUUUUGACUGGUCUGUCAAUCAGGCUAGGCCCCGCCCUCAAGAUCUAUGACCGUCACGUGAAGGUUUUGCAAAAAACACACUUUGAGGAUGACGACUGUACAUGAAACACACAGACUGAAACUCAAAUAUUACAACACAAAACAACACCACAUCCAUCCAUCCAUCCAUUUUCCGUACCGCUUAUCCUCACAUGUACACGCUUAACUUCCCCAUUUAAAAAAAGAAAUAUUUUAUAUCAGUCUGUCCACCAACAAUCAAACAAUGUAUCUUUACUUAUUGACAAUGACAAAGAUUUUUUUUUUUUUUAAUCAUUUCUCUGUCAAUCUGCCCUGUGUUUUGCUUGUUGACGGAUGCAGUCUGUCCAGCCAUCCAUUUUCUAUACCGCUUGUCCUUGUUAGGGUCCCGGGUGAGUUGGAGCCUAACCCAGGUAGGGUACACCUGCCUGGACUGAUCACCCGUCAAUUGCAGCGCACAUAUAAACAAACAAGCAUUAGCACUAACAUUCUCAUGAUAUUUCAUUCAGUGUGUUUAGUUAUGUCAUGUUUUGUCCAAUACAUUUUUGACCUUGAUAGGAAUUAAAUGAUGCAAACUCAAUAAUACUCAUUGUGAAUUUACUUCCUC